CCAACACCAGACGGAAGCGGAGGUUGCAUGAACCACGUCCCCCGAACAUCACGACCUCUCAUUAUCCACAAUGUUCCAUACCGGAGACCUGCAAAGCGGUAUAAGCCGCGCAAUACAGGAACAGAAAGUCGUCGCAUGCUUCGUCUGCGAUGACAGCAGCGAGAGCGCGACAUGGGAGAGGGAAUGGCUUCAAAAUGGAUGGGUAUCUAGCCUUCUCGAGCAGAAAGCCGUCCUUCUACGUAUACAAGCCGGAUCGAAUGAACAAGGCUUUCUCGCCGCGUUCUGCCCAAUGGAGAUAACACCUACGCUCGUGCUUAUAGAGAAUGGCCAGCUGCAGGAACAGCUCGUCAGCGGCAUCACGAGAGACGACUUCAUCAAUUCGGUUCGGAAGGCCCUCGGCGCAAAUCCUAUACCUGGUGUAUCGCCUUCGCCAAAACCGCAAACACAGGGUGAGGCAGCACCGAGUACGAUUACCCAAACCCAGACUCCAACUCCGCGUGUGGAUAGAGCACCAACAGCUACCAUUACUCCAGCACCGCCCUCCUCCGCCCCAGAAGAACAUAUCCCCGUAUCGCCCAUUCUCCCACCCUCCUCCAAAGCAAAAGGAAAGCAGAAAGUCCCACCCCCAGAAACAAAGACCAGUUCAACGCCAACUGCAGCAGCACAAGCAGCCCGCGACGCCCUGCGGAAGAAGAAGCAAGAAGAGAAGGAGGAAUUAGCUCGAAUACAAGCGCGCAUAGAAGCCGACAAAGCGGAAAGAAAAGCACAAGCCGAAGCCAGGAAAGCGGAGCGCGAGAGACAGACUUCCCCUUCCACCGGUACCAAUGCCUCAUCGGCCGCCGCACAAUCAUCAGGAGGCAUUAGACGUUCCCAAGCGAAGGAAGUCCACCUCAACGUCCGCCUCUUCGACGGCCACACCAUCCGCUCCACCUUCCCCAGAACCGCAACCCUGCAAUCCGACGUUCGCCCCUGGAUCGACGCCGAAUUCGCAGCUCGCGCCGAGCACCCCCAUCAGAAACAUCCGCCUUACUACUUCAAGCAGAUUCUUGCCCCGUUACCAAGCCGCGAGCUGUCUGCUGGCGAGGAGAGCGAAUCCCUUGGGGAUAUCGAUCUCGCGCCUAGCGCGACGCUGGUGCUUGUGCCGAUUAAGGGGUAUACGGAGGCGUAUUCUGGAGGCGGAGGCGGUGUUGUUGGGGGUGUGCUUGGCUGGGUCACGGGGUUGGUUUGGGGAGUUUUUGGGUUGGCGGCGAGUGCGUUGGGGUAUGUGGGGAGUGCUUUGGGGUCGGUGGUGGGCUCCGCAGGGUCCGCUGAAGCAGCGACUACGCAGUCAGCCGAACAGCAAGAAGGUAGCAGAGGUGAGGGGAGGAGAGCGUCACCGAAUUCGUCGGGUAUGAGGGUGAGGACGUUGGCGGAUCAGAGGGAGGGGGAGCCGAUGAGUCGGCAGUUGUAUAAUGGGAAUCAGUUGAACUUCGAACCGAAUGACGACCAAUCGAAUGAUCGACGAUGAGAUUCUAUCUAUCUCGAUGUUUGUAUUCGGAGCUUGUAUGAUAAUUGUCACGAGUUCAUGGACCGCAAGAAUAUUAAUUCCUCUGUAC